AAAAUACAAAAAUCAAUUUGAAAUUCACAGAUUUGGAUCGUCUCUCUCUCUCUCUCUCUCUCUCACACUAGCUCAUCCCCCUGAAAAGCUUCCUGAUUAAGCUUUCUUCACCUCCUCCACUGCAAAACCUAGCCUCGAUCUGUAAACUCCAUUGCAAUCUCGUAGUACUUCAUUAGCUCAAUUUUAGCAACUUCCUUCACCUCAAUCAACUACACCAUGAUCUCCAGCGAACGAUUGAAAUCACCCGCUCCCAAAGUCCUUAACGGCAACGAAUCGUCCUCAGCUCCUAUACCCGAUGCUGACGCCACUGCUUCCGAAGACGAUAUGAGUGUAAACUCCAACGACGACGUUUCCCUCGAUUCGUCUCCCGAGAACAGUAGAGUCUCCAGCGGCGUCGGCCGUAGCUACGGGAGGAACUCGUCUUGUUAUACUUACUCCGAAGUGAGCUCCUCCAGAGACACUCUCGUCGUGGCUUCACGCGGACAGACGGAGCCUAGAUAUGAUACUGAUACGGAGGAGGAAGAGGAUGAAUCGACGGAUUCAGCUUCUAGCUCGCAGUUUUCUCCUCCGGCGGCGGCGACUGGGAGGAGGAUUGACGGCGGUGUGUCUAGGGUUGAAAGUCACUUACCGAUUACGGACGGUGGAGCUGCCGUUGAGAAGGAGCUUGAUGACAAGUUUUCUUCUGAAGAAGUCAGCGAUAUUCCCAGUGCUCCUCCAUUUUCAGGGGCAGCAGAGGAGUCUGAAGAAAUCAAACCAGCGACUUCAGGCGUUCAAGUUUCAGAAGCCAUAACAGAAGAUUGUGUAGAAAGUAAAAAGACUGGCCAUUUUACUAGAACUAGUGCUGCUUCCGAGUCAUUUGGGCCAUCUGAUCAACAUCCAGCUCGGCUGCCAAAUUUUCAUGCAAGUGCUCGCGGGCCCUGGCAUGCUGUUGUUUCCUACGAUGCAUGUGUACGCCUUUGCCUUAAUGCAUGGGCAAAGGGCUGCAUGGAGGCUCCCAUGUUUUUGGAAAAUGAGUGUGCUCUUUUACGAGAAGCAUUCGGGUUGAAGCAACUCCUUUUGCAAUCGGAGGAGGAAAUGCUGGUGAAGCAAUCUUCACAAGCUCCGCACGAGGGAGUUGCACCAAAACCCAAGAAAAACAUUGGCAAAAUGAUGGUGCAAGUACGACGUGUAAAAACCGUUUUGGAUGCUCCGAUCGGUUGUAGUAUAUCAUCUUUGAAGCCAUCGCUGAUAAAGUUUGAGAAAAUCCGGAUUCACUUUUCCAAUUUAUCAACACGCAUAUCUUCAGGAUGGCGGGCUCUAAGGAAGAUCCAUGUUCGUGUGCCAGCAAAUGGUUCUUCUCUUUCACGUCAAAGCCUAGGAUAUGUACAUUCCAGUACACAGUACUUAAAGCAAGUUUCUGGUCUCCUGAAAGUUGGUGUCACAAGUCUACGCAAUAGUUCAACGUCUUAUGAUGUUGUUCAAGAAACAUACUCAUGUAGGUUAAGAUUGAAAAGCUUAACUGAAGAUGAGGCCAUUAUGAUGCAACCCGGAUCCGGUGAAGACCAUGUUUUCUUUCCUGAUAGUCAUGGAGAUGAUCUGAUUGUUGAAAUACUUGAUUCAAACGGGAAGGAAUUUGGGCGUGUGCUUGUCCAGCUAGCUAAUUUUUCUGAAGAUUCGGCUGAGAAACUUCGCUGGUGGUCUGUUUUUCGUGAGCCAGAACAUCAACUUGUGGGAAAACUCCAGCUCUAUAUUAACUAUUCAGCAAGUUUUGAUGAUAACAGCCAUUUGAAGUGUGGUUCUGUUGCGGAAACAGUCGCAUAUGACCUAGUCCUGGAAGUGGCCUUGAAAAUGCAACGGUUUCAGCAAAGAAACUUGUUGUUAUAUGGGUCAUGGAAAUGGCUUUUGGGGGAAUUUGCCUCCUAUUAUGGGAUUUCAGAUACCUACACUAAGCUCAGGUACUUGUCAUAUGUGAUGGAUGUCGCUACACCGACUUCCGAUUGUCUCCAAUUGGUGCAUGACUUGCUAACGCCUGUCAUUAUGAAAGGAAAUGGCAAGAGCGCGUUGAGUCAUCAAGAGAAUCGGAUCCUAAACGAAAUCAAGGACCAAAUUGAGCAGAUUCUGAAGCUGGUCUUCGAGAACUACAAAUCUCUUGACGAGUCCUCAUUCUCUGGAAUGAAUAAUGUAGUCAGUUCUGCAACAGGAGUUCCAGCGCCAGCACUUACUCCUGCUGUUAAACUGUACAUGCUUCUGCAUGAUAUCUUGUCUCCCGAGGAUCAGACUAAUCUUUGUCAUUACUUCCAGGCAGCAGCAAAGAAGAGAUCUAAAAGGCAUAUGGGUGAGACAGACGAGUAUGUUACAAACAACAGUGAUCCCAAUAUUUGGGAUCCUUCUGCAAUGUCGGCUGCGUACCAGAAAAUGACUAUGGUCUGCAAGAAUGUAAAGAAUGAAAUUUUUACUGAUAUUGAGAUCCAGAAUCAAGAUAUACUUCCCAGCUUUCUUGACCUUCCAAACCUGUCAGCGUCCAUAUAUAGCACUGAUCUCAGCAACAGACUUCGAGCAUUCCUUGUUGCAUGUCCGCCCUCUGGUCCUUCACCAACAGUUGCAGAGCUUGUGAUUGCAACUGCAGACUUUCAACGUGAUCUUUCCAGCUGGAACAUUAGUCCUAUCCAAGGCGGUGUUGAUGCAAAAGAGUUGUUCCACCUAUAUAUCAUGAUUUGGAUUCAAGAUAGGCGUCUUUCAUUACUUGAAUCAUGCAAACUUGAUAAGGUAAAAUGGUCUGGAGUCAGGACACAGCAUUCAACAACCCCAUUUGUUGAUGAAAUGUACACCAGACUGAACGAGACCAUUCAAGAGUAUCAAGUUAUCAUUUCUAGAUGGCCGGAAUAUAUCUUUGUUCUGGAGAGUGCUAUUGCUGAUGUUGAGAAAGCAAUUGUGGAAGCUCUGGAGAAGCAGUAUGCAGACGUCUUAGCACCUCUCAAAGAAAACUUGGCUCCAAAGAAGUUAAGCUUCAAGUAUGUCCAGAAGCUGACCAAAAGAAAUGUGAUUGCAUAUACAGUCCCGGAUGAGCUGGGCAUUCUACUAAACUCUAUGAAGAGAAUGCUUGAUGUUAUACGGCCAAAAAUAGAGGCUCAAUUUAAAUCGUGGUCUUCAUGCAUUCCUGAUGUUGGGAACGCCGCUCCUGGAGAUCGUCUUUCCGAGGUGACAGUGAUGCUCAGAGCCAAGUUUCGAAAUUACCUUCAGGCUGUGGUCGAAAAACUGGUAGAAAAUAGCAAGCUACAAAAGACGACAAUGUUGAAGAAGAUUCUUCAGGACUCUAAAGAAAGUGUUGGAGAAUCGGACAUCAGAAGCAAAAUGCAUAACCUGAAGGAGCAGCUCACCAACACAGUGAACCAUCUACAUUCGGUUUGUGAGACGAAUGUCUUCAUCGCAUUGUCCCGAGGAUAUUGGGAUCGUAUGGGACAGAUUGUUUUAAGCUUUUUGGAGAACAGGAAAGAGAACAGAGCUUGGUACAAGGGCUCUAGAGUUGCUGUCUCUAUAUUGGACGAUACAUUUGCAGCACAGAUGCAGCAGCUGCUAGGCAAUUCGUUAAGAGAGCAAGACAUGGAACCUCCGAGAUCUAUUGUGGAAGUUCGCUCUAUUCUUUGCAAGGACACUGCAGUUAGUAAAUCCAAGUCUUUUUACUACUGAAAAUGCUCGAAGAAGGAUCAGAUCUCAUUUGCUCGUCUGUUUGAAGCUGCAAGUAUUUUGCUUGGUGGAGCAAAUUGUCGAAACCUUCAGAUAGCUUUGGGUGCAUAAUAAAAAUACGAUGGUUAGUUUACCACGUUUUUCUUUAAUACUAAUGUGUCCAUAUAUUACAAGACUGGUACGAGUUGUGAUAAGACUUAAACAACACGAUGAAGUGGAAUACAAAAACUCUUUUUUAAAGUCGACUA